GUUUUUAAAUGUCAAGACGAAAUCGUUAAAUUGCUCGAUCCGAAUUUUAUAUCAAUCAUAAAGCAAUGUGUGUGUCUAAAUAAUGUUAUUUGAGAUGUCAAACUUAGCAGUAAAACAAAAUAUGUUUUACAAUGGCCCUAAAACUCCCGCAAGACAGAAUAAAGAAGAGCAUAAUAAAAAAGUAUAAAAACCCGGACCUAUCGAAACAAGAAAACAUUGUGGAAAAAAGGAAAUCCAAAUUACGGAAGAGAAAAAGUUGGUCCCAAUUUUAUGAACUUGACUAUUCAGAGAUCAAUAACAAUUUAAUUUUGAAGAAAGCAGAAAUGGGGAGCUACUUCGGUUCUAGCUCUGGUGUACCGGGUUACAGUUUGCCUUACACAUAUCAAUGGGACGUGAUUUCGCCUCCGAUUAAUCAACUGUAUACAGUGCCCGUACCUACGGUACCACUGACCUUGAUAUCUCCACCGCUACCCAUAAUACCUACCCCAGUGCUACCAUACACGGAUGCCCUGUACACACCUACGUACCCAACAGUCGUGCCAUACGUAGCUGAUAACAUUUGCCCGGUUUUAGACCACAUUUAUGAACCGAUCUCAAGCUUUGCAGCAAUCACACCAGUCACAACAGAUGAAGACAAAAACGAAACAGUUGAAGAUCACGAAGUUAUAGAAUCUUUAGAAUACUAUUUAACAUUACCGAAGGAUUUAUUCCCGCGACCGAAGAUGCUCACUUUAGAUCCGAAUCCGAUAAUUGAUGAACUGUGCAAAAUUAAAGAUGUAAAAAAGCAUACGCCUUGGAUCUUAGAUCUCGAGUUCGGCGUUCCAAGGAAUCCGAUCCGGUCCAGACCUAUAGCUGUGUAUGAUGUGCAGUUUAAUAAUAUUCAUUGUAAGAACACUCCAAGUACUGUUCAUCCUUUAUUUGAAAUUUGUAGUGAAGAGUUUAGGAAAAUAUUUCUGUUUUACUAUGACUGUAUUGUGUCUGUGUGGUACCGAGGUUACAUCCAUCUUACGAAUGAUGAUUCAGUAAUAAACUUUCAAAAUUGGCUGAGAGUGCCGAUGGAAGCACUCGGUAUGUGCUGGCCAUAGCAUGAAGCAUGUUUUAAUUAGGUAAGGAAUUUUUCCCCUCACUAGCUCGGAAACACGUGUUUUAGCGGGUAAAAACGCAUUUUAUCCACUAGUGGGUAAAGUUAUUUGACCUUGAAUAAAGUCAAAUUAACUGCUUUAAAAUUGAUAAAA